AGUUCUGCCCACAGUCGUCUUUUGCUUUCUCGGCUGGCACAACUUCGAGAGAACUCUCGCCUGUGUGACGUGACGCUGGUCGCCGAGGUAGCCUCACUUAACGCCAAGGACCGUUCAAUAGACAUGAAAGAGAUAUUUCAGGGAACACGGAUAAGCGCCCAUCGAGUCGUACUUGCUGCAAGCACGAGUUAUUUUGAAGCCAUGUUCACAAACGACAUGGCUGAAAGCCGCUUGAAAGAAAUAGAGAUAAAGGAUGUGAAAGCCUCAGCACUUGAAGCUCUUGUAGAUUUUUGCUACUCCGGUAAAAUAAAGAUCAACAGCACCAAUGUAUGGACUGUUUUGGCCACCGCCUGCUUGCUUCAGCUGAAUGAAGUUCAGGUUGGGAUUGCGAACGCUCGAACGUCUUUGCCGUCUUCGAAUAGUCAACAAUACGGAAUGUUGAUGACUCAGAUCUUCUUGCAGGAACAGUGCGGCGAAUUUCUGAAGAAAGAAAUAAACAAUUCGAAUUGUCUAAGAAUUCGAGCUUUUGCUGACGCACAUGCAUGUAAAGAGCUUUUAUCCUUUGCCAACAAGUACAUCCUGCAUAACUUCAAGGACGUUAUUGGCACUGACGAGUUUUAUCGGCUUCCUGGUAACCAAUUAGUUGAACUGAUUUCAAGUGAAGAACUUCAGGUGCCGUCAGAAGACCAGGUUUUCAAAGCAGUUGUUGAGUGGGUCAGGUUCGACUUACCGGCUCGGCAACAAGUUAUUCCCACAGGUGAUGGCUGUAUUCCUUGUCGAAGUGAGUUGUUUGAGCAUGUACGGCUUCCCUUCUGUCACCCUCAGUUUCUGGUCAGUACAGUCAGUAAGGACACUUUGGUGAAGGCGGAUGGUGUCUGCCGGAAUCUUGUCGAAGAAGCGAAG